GACAUCGACCGCGUCAUAACUCAAAGUUGAAAGUAAACGCAUUAAUAUCUGUUUCUCGAAGCUUUUUAUUUGAUUUUCCACAAGAAGAAGAUGAAGAGAGUUUUCGGCGUCAAGAAGGACAAAGAGCCUCCUCCCUCCAUUAACGACGCCUCCGAUAGGAUUAAUAAAAGAGGAGAAAAUGUGGAUCAGAAGAUCAAGAAUUUAGAUGCGGAGUUGAGUAGAUACAAGGAGCAGAUUAAGAAAACACGACCUGGCCCUGCUCAAGAAGCAGUUAAAGCUCGAGCUAUGAGGGUUCUUAAGCAAAAACGAAUGUAUGAAGAACAACGUGACAUGCUGUACAACCAGACCUUCAACCUUGAUCAAGUUGCAUUUGCUGCUGAGGGUAUUAAAGAUGCUCAACAAACUAUGUCAGCCUUGAAAAGUGCCAACAAGGAAUUGAAAGGAAUGAUGAAAACCGUGAAGCUUCAAGACAUAGAUAACUUGCAAGAUGAGAUGAUGGACUUGAUGGAUGUAAGUAGCGAAAUUCAAGAGACUCUUGGUAGGAGCUAUAAUGUGCCAGAUGAUAUUGAUGAGGAAGAACUCAUGGGUGAACUUGAUGCUUUGGAAGCAGACAUGGGAAUGGAAGAUGAAGCUGGAGUGCCCUCGUAUCUCCAACCUGACAAGGAACAUGAUUUGGAUGCAGAGCUGAGCUUGCCUUCAGCACCUACUGGACAUGCUGCACCUGGCAGAUCUAAUGCACAUGCUGAAGAUGAACUGGGUUUACCUGCUGCCCCUCAGGCUUCCAUCCGUGGUUAGGGGUUUGCUUUUUAUAUUUCUGCACAGAUUCAUGUUGGGAAACUGGUUGGAGUGGUCAUUGUAAACAAAUUAUGUUGAUUCUUAUUUGAUGCAGUGAUUUAAUUUAGUCUAGAUGGUUGACAUUCUACCAUUUAUAGUUGGAUUUUAUAAGCACCACUAUAUUGUAAAGAAAAACAUGUUCAAAAUAUAUGUUUGUAUAUUGAAUCUAUUAAACUGUGUUAAGGGAGUCAAGGUUUGCUGUACAAA